AAUAACGCGGAAGUUUUUAGCGUCUCGUCACGUGAUCGUCAACAUCCAUGGCAACGGUUCUUUUUGUGUUGUUUUGAACUUCGCUCAUUGGCAUCUGAUCUCGGCGUCCUUCGUGGCAACUGAUUCCCAGAUUAUUGAUAUUAUUGAUUGUUGGAUACAUCGAUUGAUCGUCUGCUUCUCCCAUCAUUCAGGUUUGACCCUUGUUAUCACACUCUGGUUUGUGUUCAGUAUGUCUUGUGUUCAUUACAGGUUUCAGAGUCGACUCACCUACGACUCGCUCCAGUUUGAGGGCCUCAACAUCACUGUGGGAGAGCUGAAGCGGCAGAUCAUGAGGCGCGAGAGGCUGAAGUUCUGCCAGCUGAAGAUCAGCAAAGCCCAAACUGAUGAAGAAUACACAGAUGAUGAUGCUCUCAUCCCCAAAAACACAUCGGUCAUCAUCAGACGGGUCCCUGCUGCUGGACUGAAGUCAUCAAACAGAAGAUUUGUUGGACAUCAAGCUGGACCAUCAGCUAAAUCUUCUCAAACAGGUGAUUCUUCACUCCUCUCACUGGAGCAGCUGUUGAAGGUUUCAGAGUCGACUCACCUACGACUCGCUCCAGUUUGAGGGCCUCAACAUCACUGUGGGAGAGCUGAAGCGGCAGAUCAUGAGGCGCGAGAGGCUGAAGUUCUGCCAGCUGAAGAUCAGCAACGCCCAAACUGAUAAAGGUGA